AUGGAGGAGGUGGACUCCCGGUCGCCGUCCCCACACAAGGCAGUGGACUCCAGCCCCGCCAGCUGCGCAGCCCUGCCGUCUCCCCCACUCCAGCAGGAGCCUCCGCCAUCCCCCCUGCCCGAGGAGCUGUCCCCUGGUGAGGGCGACAACCCAGCCUUCAACGGAGAGCUGGACCUGCAACGCUACUUCAAUGGGCCGGGGCCCGCGCUGGGGGCAGGCGGGGGGCGCAAAGCCCGGCCCUACCCCUGCGCCGUCUGCGGCAAGCGCUUCCGCUUCAACAGCAUCCUAGCGCUGCACACGCGGAUCCACGCCAGCGAGACCCCCUUUACCUGCCCCUACUGUGGGCACCGCGCUGCCCAGCGCGGCCUCCUGCGGCUCCAUCUCCGCUCCCACCGCCCCGAGGCCUGCGCCCGCCUCAGCCACCAGAGCCGCCUACUGCUGGAGCUGGAGGAGCGGGCGCUGCUGCGGCGGGGCCCGCCAGCCGCCAGCGAGGGGGAGGAAGAAGAGGAGGAAGAGGAGGAGGAGGAGCCCCCCCCACUGCCUAUCCCCCCACCAGCUCCGCCCCCUGCCCCCCCCUUCCGCUGCCCCUUCUGCAAAGGCAAGUUCCGGACGGUGGGUGAGCGGGAGCGACACCUGCGGAUCCUGCACCAGCCCUACAAGUGUGGGCAGUGCCCCUUUGCUGCCGCCCAGGAGGGGGAGCUGCAGCGGCACAGCCGGGAGGCCCACGCCCCGCCGGCACCCCCGGCCCCUGCCGCGCCGCCCCCCGCCGAGUUCCGCUGCCAGGUGUGCGGCCAGGCCUUCACCCAGUCCUGGUUCCUCAAGGGGCACAUGCGCAAACACAAGGACUCCUUCGACCACAAGUGCCAGGUCUGCGGGCGCUGCUUCAAGGAGCCCUGGUUCCUCAAGAACCACAUGAAGGUGCAUCUCAGCAAGCUGGGGCUGAAGGGGGAGCGGGGUGCGGCCGUGCCGGCCGCCGGCGGGAAGCCCAAGGCGCCUCGGGGGCUGCUGCUGGGCUACGAGGCGCUGUACCCUGCCUUCCUGCCGCCCCCGGACAAGGCCGAGCAGGGCUCCUUCCUGGGCUACUUGGAGCUGCGCCCGCCGGGCGAUGCCAGCUGCGCCGAGCGGCUCCAGGCCACGGCCCGCGCAAUGGAGAGCGGGCAGGAGGCAGUUGCCCAGCUGUGGGGCGAGCGCCGGCGGCACAACGGGGGUGAGGCGGCCAGGGAGGAGGGUGGCGCCGGCGUGGGACAGCACCGCUGCCCCGACUGCGCCCGGGCCUUCGCCACCUACCAGCAGAUGGCCCUGCACAGCCGCAGCCACCGGCCCCAGGAUGGUGACUGGGCCAGGGGCCGGGCCCUGGGGGCGCUGGCCUCACUCCAUGCGGCAGCGGGACACGGGCUGCCCACGGACGGCGGGGGCGGCUCCAACGUAGGCACCGGCUGGGGCACGGCCCUACCCAGCCCGGGGAUACAGGAGGAGAAGGGGCUGCGCAGCGGGGCCCUGCGUCCGGAUGGGGGCCGUGGCACGUCAGGCAAAGACUGUCCCUACUGCGGGAAAACCUUCCGCUCCUCCCACCAUCUCAAGGUGCAUCUGCGCGUCCACACAGGCGAGCGCCCGUACAAGUGCCCACACUGCGACUACGCUGGCACCCAGUCUGGCUCUCUCAAGUACCACCUGCAGCGCCACCACCGUGAGCAGAAGAACAGCGCUGGCGCAGGCGCGCCGCCCGCCUUCCCGCCGGAGCUGCUGCUACAGGCAGCCGAGAAGUACCGCGGGGCCUUCCUGCCGCAGGCCUGGGGCACGGCCAGCCAUGAGCCCCCGGCCCGGCCGUCCCGCCGCAAGCCGGCCUGCACUGGCCGAGCCCUGCGCAAUGGCCGGGCCGACUUUGAGCCACUGGACCUGUCGCUGCGGCCGGCGCUAGAGGGGGUGCCGCCUGGUGAGCUCACCCUGCACCGAUGUCUCUUCUGCCCCUUUGCCACCUCCGCGCCUGAGCUCAUGGCUCUGCACCUGCAGGUCCACCACAGCCGCAAGGCCCGGGGGCGCCGCCCUGUCACGGCCCCCCCCACACGGCCCCACGCCUGCCUGGGGCAGGACGGGGAGCAGCCCCCACCACACCCCCAGGACCAGGGGCCUGGAGUUGGGGAGGAGCCCCCCACUGCCGUGGCCCACAUGUCCCAACAGCCCCCCGGAGCCCCCAUGGACACGGAGCCGAGUGAGAGGCAAGGGGAGCUGGAGCUGGUGCUGGCUUGA